CCGUCGGAGGCAGUGCGCAUGCGCACAGUUGACGGAAGCCGGUUGAUUCUUCACAUCUUUUGUCCAGUUGACAUCAAUAUGACGUCACGUCUUGGCCACAAAACUGCUGCAAGCAAUGGAAGUGACUUUAAAUUCAGAGAGAAGGCGACUCCACACUACCAAAUGAGCGCUUCCUUGAAGUCAGAGGUUCGUCGCUUGAACGUGAUUCACCUUCUGGUUUGGCUGCUGGUCGCUGCUCAAAUGGUCGUCAGCCACUUAAACCUGCUGUCACAUGACACCGUCGCCAUGCCCUACCAGUGGGAGUACCCCUACCUGCUCAGCAUGGUCCCCCUGCUGUGCAGCAGCCUGUCCCUGCCCAAGAACAACAUCAGCUACCUGGUCUUGUCCAUGAUCAGCGCCGGGCUGUUCUCAGUGGCGCCGCUCAUCUACGGCGGCAUGGAGAUGUUCCCCCUGGCACAGCAGCUGUAUCGCCACGGCAAAGCGUACCGCUUCAUCUUUGGCUUCUCUGCGGUGACUGUGAUGUAUCUGCUCAUGGUGGUGGCUGUGCAAGUGCACGCGUGGCAGCUGUACUACAUGAAGAAGCUGCUCGACUCGUGGUUCAACGCCACACAAGAGAAGAAGAAGAAAUAAUUGUUAAAAAAGAGAAAUGAUUUACAUAUACUUUAUCCUUAUUUAUCAUUAUGCAGAAAUAAUGUGAUAUUUAUUCUGGUAAAGUUAGUUACUCUCAUCAAGGUAAUACAACAUUAUUAUCUCAACAUUAAUACCAUUUCUAAUAAUUUAUUCUCAAAAUUUUAUGACUUUACUUUUAUAAUUCCUUGACUUUUGCUUUGUUUCAGUAUGGCAGAUCACGCCUUUCUAUUCCUGUAAAAUGGAAAUGGUCAAAUACUUCAUUAUGAAUUUGAUCUGAACAAAAAAUUAUUACUAACACGCCCAGUGACCACCUACCAAAUUAGCUCUAUUUAUGUUUAAACCUUUUUAGUAUUUCUAAUUAUAUAAUUAUACAACAGCUUUUUCAGUCGUUUACUAAAAUUAAUCAAUACAAUACAUUUUCUGGUAUAACAUUGUGUUGCAAUGCAUGGUGAAUUUGAACAAAUAAAACGUUUCCUUCGAUA